AUGUGGUGGAGGUCCUAUGUUGAGUGUCGACCAGUUGGGUCUCCUCCUUUGACUUGGAACCAGUUUUAUCAAGUGUUCUUGGAGAGUUACAUCCCCUGUACUUUGAGAGAAAGUAGGAGAGAUGAGUUCAAUGACUUGGAGCAUAGGGGUAUGCCUGUCGCAGAGUAUGAGGCUAGAUUUAAUUUCUCGGCACAUUAUGCUGUUAAGCAGAUCCCUGCCGAGACAGAGAGGGUGAGGAGAUUUAUCAGAGGAUUAGUGCUUCCGUUGAAGCUGGCUACUCUACAGCUAAUGGUUAUGGGUUCUUUGUUUCAGUCAGUGGUUAAUCAUGCUACAGAGGUUGAGUCUGCUAAGAUUCGCGCUCAUGGUGGGGGCAGCAACAAGAGGAUCCGCCAGUUUGGCAGUUUUAGUGGUUCUACUUCGAGAUGUGGGGGCCAGUCAGGCAGGAUUAAUCAGCACUAUUUUGGCCACCCCAUCCAGUCAGCACUUCAAAUAUCAGCAGGUUGGUCAGGGGUUGUUUUGAGUGUUGUGACCCAGGGUACUUCGCUAGAAAGUAUCCCAGACCUAGACAGAGUAGAGCCCAGUAGGGUUCCAGGACAUGUUAUGUCUAAGGACAGUAUUAUUGUUGAUCCCAAGAAGAUCGAGGCAGUUAGAGAUUGGGCUAGGCCUAAUUCAGUGAUCGAGAUUCGGAGUUUUAUGGGCUUAUGGAGUUACUAUCGUCGGUGCGUGAAGGGGUUCUCAUCUAUUUCCACCUAUUUGACCAGUUUAACUCAGAAAGAUGUGCCCUUUCAGUGGUCCGAUGAGUGCGAGGCCAAUGUGGUAGCUGAUAUGUUGAGCCGAAAGGCAAUGAGUAUGAGUAGCUUGGCACGUUUGAUUAUUGGGGAGCAUCCUUUAGCCAUGGAGGUUCAGUGUUUCGCUAAUAGUAUGAUUCGGGAUAAGGUGCUAAGUGAGGAAGUCAAGGAGGCUAUUCUUGAUGAGGUAGGUGUUUUGAGGAUUAAGGGGCACAUUUGCGUUCCUAGGGUUGGUGGUCUGAUUCAGUUGAUCUUGGAAGAGGCUUACAGUUCCAGAUACUCCAUUCAUCCUGGUGCUAAAAAGAUUUAUUGUGACUUGAGACAGUAUUACUGUUGUCACUCGAGUAUUGACAUAGCUUCGUUUGAGGCUUUAUAUGGUAGGACAUGCCGAUCUAUGAUUAGUUGUUUUGAUGCCUUCGAGGUGAGACCUUGGGGUACUGAUUUGUUGAGAGGAUCCUUGGAUAAGGUGAAGCUGAUUCAGGAAAAGCUUUUUGCGUCUCAGAGUAGGCAAAAGGAGUUUGCGGACCGAAAAUUCCAAGAUUUGAAAUUCAUGGUUGGUGAUCAGGUUCUGUUGAAAGUUUCACCCUUGAAGGGUGUGAUGUAA